GGCCAGGCUCCUGGCGGCGAUGGCCGCGACGGUGGCCGCCCGUGCCACGUCCAAUUCGCUGCGCGUUCCGCUGGGAGACCACGGCGGCGCCGCGGGCGUGCUGAAGCGGCUCGAGGCACUUGGCGAGCUCGCCCGCAUCGACAUCCUGGAAGGCGCGGUGGUCGCGAGCUACUUCGACGCGCGCGCCGCCCGCCAGGCCAUGGAAGCGUUCGGCCCCGGCUGCGUCGAGGAGGCGCAGCAUGGGACUCGGUCGGUGCGGCUGACGGGCGGCCACAGCCUGGACCGCGACAUCGUGCCCGAGGUCUCCAAGAUCGAGCUCUGCGAUGACCGCUCUUUCCUGGUGGAGUUCUACGACACGCGCGUAGCCGCGCGCGUGUCCCGUGGCAUGGCGG